UGUCCUUACUUGGUACAGCUGUCUACUAAUUUGCUAUGGCAAUCGGUGCUUCGCCUUUCUGGGGCAAAUGAGAAUUUCUUUCUUUUCCUUUUCAUUUUGUUCUAUAUGUUGCAAAACAACAGAAAGAGCAACAGCUGGUCCCCUUCGGAGCGGUGUCACCAGCUCGAUCUAAUUAUCCUGCUGAGCAGGUUGGUAAACCCUAAACUGAGCAAAACAAGGGAAAAGAAACGGAAUAGCAACAUCGUAUAUCAUGUAGAUAUAUAUACUAUAGAAUUGUUAUUCGAGUAACGCACGCACUCAUACAAUCUGUUUUCACUGAUGUGUAUAUAUGGCUGCUUUAAUAUGUUUUCUUCAAGUGCUACUGAUUCAGCGGACUUCCAUGCUCGUUCUAAGUCACCUGAAAAAUGUACAUGCUGUCAACGUGGCACUUACGCAGAACAGAAGCGACGACCGGUCAAAAUGUCGGGGCCUGCGGAGGACAAGCGGCAGUCCGCGGAGAUGAUGUUCGACGCCGAGGAAGUGUCAGCCUACUACGAAUCUUUCAUGCACCACAACCGCGAGGCCAUGAAGGUGUUUCUGGAGCGAUACAAGGAUUCUUUCUUUGCGGUCGAGAACGGUGUCCAGUGUGCGGAUCGCCAGUGGUUGGACGUCGGCUGUGGUCCAGGAAAGUUCACUAAGAACUAUUUGCUCCCGCACGCACCUUCGUCCUUGCGAAGACUAGUGGCGGCCGAUUUCUCACAGGCCAUGCUGGAUCACGCCGCAAGAAACCAUGCACAUCCGAAGAUAGCGUACCGCCUUCUCGACAUCGCAAACGACAAAGCCGUGUCGGCGUUUGCCGCGCGCGAAGGUCUUUUCGAGCGCGUAUGCUGCUUCCUAACGCUGCAUUGGAUCAGCGACAAAGCGGCCGCUCUCAGGAACCUGGAGUAUCUCACAGCCCCCGGGGGAGAGUGCUUGGUGGUGUUCAACCCGCGUGUUGCACCACAACAGGUGUUACGUGCCAUGAUUGCGUCCGGCAAGUGGAAAAGGCACGAACACGUUCUCAAAUAUGCUCUCCCGGAGUCCUGGGAGUUUUACGACGUUGACACCAUGGUGUCAAAGCUCGAAGGACUAGUCGCAUCAACAAGCCUGGUGGCCCUGUCGUGUGAAGUUGUGCCUCUGCAGGUCGGGAGCCCCGAAAUCGACCUAGAAGUGCGCGCUCUGUGUGCCGCUAUACCGAUUUAUCCGCACAUGAAAAAGGAAGGCCAGGUUGAAGUGGAAGAGUUUGUCAGAAACUUGGCUCUCCAAGACGGCUGCGUGAACUUCUCGGUUACGGGCAUAACGCAUCAACUUAGGUGCGUCAUUCACGCCCGCAAACCAGUAUUAUCGAGUUAAGAAGAGCCAGUUAGGCCUGGCACAAGACUUCUGUGCGGCGUCUGCAACAUCCACCGCGGUUAACAAGACCAAGAGUUGAAAUAAACUUAAAAGUCUAGAAGCUCA